AGAGCAUGCUAAACAUCGACAACCUGGUCUUGAAGUUUGAAAGGUCUCAGUUUGUUAUCUUCAGCUUUGACUUAGAAGACGACCACACUAUUUUACUUCCAAAUUCCAAUCUAUGCCCCUCACUCUCAAACCAUAACAUUAGUUUCCAUAGAUCUCUGCUGUUCAUUUUCCGUUCUCUCUCUCUUGAAAUGGCCUUCUCUCCCCACUUCGGUGGUGGCAACCCCCGCCGUGGAGGAGCCGGGUGGGCCCACUCUCUCCUUCCCUUCACAUCAUCUCCUAAAACAUCCUCAAAACACCCUCGAAAGUCCCGCAAACGCACAGCAGUGAAGGACUUCAUCGUCACCAACUUCUUCGCCAUAGGCCUCUCACUCUCUCUCCUUCUUUUCCUCUUCAUCAUCUUCCGCUACGGUGUACCCAAACCCCACCUUAUAGCCACCCGAUCCUCUCGUUUUUCGAGGAUUCGAAAACCUAUUUCUCGGAGAUCUUCUGAGCGCAACGAUGUCGUUUUGGGGGCUGCUGUGGAUCUAACGACCAAAGAUUUGUACGAUAAGAUCGAGUUCUCGGAUGUGGAUGGUGGUCCAUGGAAGCAAGGUUGGAGGGUGAGUUACAAAGGGAAUGAGUGGGAUUCCGAAAAGUUGAAGGUUUUUGUGGUCCCUCAUUCGCAUAAUGAUCCUGGUUGGAAGCUUACGGUUGAGGAGUACUAUGAUCGGCAGUCCAGGCAUAUCCUCGAUACCAUUGUCGAGACGCUUUCCAAGGAUGUUCGGCGCAAGUUUAUAUGGGAAGAGAUGUCUUAUUUGGAGAGAUGGUGGAGGGACGCCUCGGAUGCUAAAAAAGAAUCUUUCAUCAACUUAGUGCAGAAUGGGCAAUUAGAAAUUGUUGGAGGUGGUUGGGUGAUGAAUGACGAGGCCAAUUCACAUUAUUUUGCCAUCAUUGAACAGAUAAUAGAGGGCAAUAUGUGGUUGAAUGACACCAUUGGAGUUAUUCCUAAAAAUUCUUGGGCAAUAGAUCCUUUUGGCUAUUCAUCAACUAUGGCAUAUCUUUUUCGCCGGAUGGGUUUUGAGAACAUGCUUAUACAGAGGACGCAUUAUGAGCUGAAGAAGGAACUGGCUUUGCAUAAGAACCUGGAAUACAUAUGGAGACAGAGCUGGGAUGCUGCGGAAACAACUGAUAUUUUUGUCCAUAUGAUGCCCUUUUAUUCUUAUGAUGUUCCACAUACUUGUGGGCCUGAGCCUGCAGUUUGUUGUCAGUUUGACUUUGCUCGAAUGCGUGGUUUCACUUAUGAGCUAUGUCCUUGGGGAGAACAUCCGGUAGAGACCAACCAGGAAAAUGUGAAGGAAAGAGCACUUAAAUUGUUGGAUCAGUAUAAGAAGAAAUCGACCCUAUACCGAACAAAUACACUUCUUGUUCCACUUGGAGAUGAUUUUCGUUACAUUAGCAUUGAUGAAGCAGAAGCUCAGUAUAGAAAUUAUCAGUUGUUAUUUGAUUAUAUCAAUUCUAAUCCAAGCCUGAAUGCUGAGGCGAAGUUUGGUACUUUAGAAGAUUAUUUCCAAACGUUACGUGAAGAGGCUGACAGAAUAAAUUAUUCACUUCCUGGUGAGGUUGGUUCUGGUCAGGUUGGAGGUUUCCCAUCCCUAUCAGGUGACUUCUUUACUUAUGCCGAUAGACAGCAAGAUUACUGGAGUGGCUAUUAUGUUUCCAGGCCUUUUUUCAAGGCUGUUGAUCGUGUUCUAGAGCAAACACUUCGGGCCGCGGAAAUGAUGAUGGCAUUUUUACUAGGAUACUGUCAGAGAGCACAGUGUGAAAAAUUGCCUACAGGGUUCUCCUACAAGUUGACAGCUGCAAGAAGGAACCUAGCUCUUUUUCAGCAUCAUGAUGGGGUGACUGGUACUGCCAAGGAUCAUGUGGUGGAGGACUAUGGAAAUAGGAUGCACAUGUCUUUGCAAGACUUGCAAAUUUUCAUGUCUAAGGCUAUUGAAGUGCUUCUUGGAAUUCGCCAUGAGAAAAAUGAUCAGAACCCUUCUCAAUUUGAGUCAGCACAGGUGAGAUCAAAAUAUGAUGUCCAACCAGUGCACAGGGCAAUCAGUGCUCGUGAAGGGACAGUGCAAACAGUGGUCCUUUUUAAUCCACUAGAACGAACUAGAAAUGAGGUUGUGAUGGUCGUUGUUGACAGGCCUGAUGUAACUGUUUUGGACUCAAACUGGACAUGUCUUAAAAGUCAACUCUCUCCAGAAUUGCACCAUGAUAAAAGCAAGAUGUUUACUGGAAGGCAUCGUGUCUAUUGGAAAGCUUCGGUUCCUGCCAUGGGGUUGCAAACGUAUUAUGUUGCAAACGGUUUUUUUGGAUGUGAAAAUGCCAAACCAGCAAGACUCAAAAUUUUGCCGUCAUCCAGCAAUGUACCGUGCCUUGCUCCAUAUGCGUGCUCAAAUUUAGAAGGCGACACAGCUGAAAUCCGGAAUCAGCAUCAAACACUUACCUUCAAUGUAAAGCUUGGUUUGUUGCAGAAAAUAGGCCGCAAUGAUGGUUCCCAAAAUGUUGUUGGUGAAGAAAUAGGUAUGUACUCUAGUUCAGGAAGUGGAGCCUAUCUAUUCAAGCCUGUUGGUGAUGCUGAGCCUAUUACCCAUGCUGGUGGGCAAAUGGUGAUUUCAGAGGGCCCUUUGAUGCAGGAAGUUUACUCUUAUCCAAAAACUGCAUGGGAUAAAUCCCCAAUCUCCCAUAGCACCCGCAUUUAUAGUGGCGAUGAUAGUAUACAGGAAUUUGUCAUUGAGAAGGAAUAUCAUGUCGAGUUUUUGGGGAAUAACUUUGAUGACAGAGAAUUGAUAGUUAGGUACAAGACAGAUAUUAAUAACAAAAAGAUUUUCUAUUCUGAUUUAAAUGGCUUCCAGAUGAGCCGAAGAGAAACCUAUGACAAGAUUCCUCUGCAAGGAAAUUACUAUCCGAUGCCCUCUAUUGCGCACAUGCAGGGACUAGAUGGACAGCGCUUUUCUGUUCAUACUCGACAAUCAUUGGGGGUCGCAAGCCUUAAAAAUGGUUGGCUAGAGAUCAUGCUUGACCGCCGAUUAGUGAGAGACGAUGGGCGAGGCCUUGGGCAAGGAGUGAUGGACAACAGGCCAAUGAAUGUAGUUUUCCACAUUCUUGUGGAAUCUAACAUUUCUUCCACUGAAAAUCCUGUUAAGAAUCCUCGGCCACUAAGCCCCUCUCUUCUCUCGCAUUGUGUUGGAGCCCACUUGAACUAUCCAUUACAUGUGUUCAUUGCUAAGAAACCUCAGGAAAUCUCUGUACAACCACCCCCAAGAUCCUUCUCUCCUUUAGCAGCUUCGUUGCCAUGCGACUUGCAUAUUGUGAGCUUCAUGGUUCCUAGGCCUUCAAAAUAUUCUCAACAGCCCCUUGAGGACCCUAGGUUUGUUCUAAUUUUGCAGAGAUGGCAUUGGGACUCUUCAUACUAUCAUAAAGCCAGAUCACAAUGUUCAAGUGUAGCUGAUGAGCCUGUAAAUCUGUUCGACAUGUUCAAGGGGCUUGCAGUCUUGAAUGCAAAACCUACUUCUUUGAAUCUUUUGCAUGAAGACACAGAGAUGCUUGGUUACGGUGAGCAGUUUGCCGAUGGUGUUCAAGAAGGCCACGUUCUUAUCUCUCCCAUGGAAAUACAGGCUUACAAAAUAGAAUUACGGCCCCACCAGUGAAUAGAAAGCAUUUACAUAUUGUUGUUUCCUCACUGCUGCUGAUUGUGCCAUGUUAAUGGCUGCACCGACAAACUUGUUUUCUUCCUUUCACCCCGAAAUACCUGACCAAGUCGAGUCUUAGCAGUCCUACUACGUGUAGAAGAGACUCGACAUCUGUUGUUUGAAUGGUAUAGGAUUUCCCCUGAUAUAGAAAGCUAUUACAGAACAGGUUUUUUUUUCCCCAUGAAGCUGCUGUUGUUGCAGUAAUUCCAUACCUCGUGUAGAUGGCUUGAGUUUUUGGCAGGACUGCGUUUCAACAAGUUUAUCUCAUUACUAUUGUAGUCUUACAGUUGUAAAUUUUGAUUCUGAUGGUGAUUUUCCUCAAAGCAAUGGUUGGCAGUUGUGCUUUAAAAGUCUGAUCGAGAUAGUUUGUUUUUCUGUGGUGUUUGAUCAUAUCUCUAGAUGCUUGGUAUGUAUUGGACUUGACUUCAAUUAUAAAUCAAGGGCUAGCAGUUGGGAGCUUUUGUUUUACAGAGGUCAAAAGUAGUUUGUGUCGCAG